AUGAGCGAGUUUGUCGGUGAUGUAGUUGGCGCAGAUGCCUCACUGCAGGGACCUCUCGUAAAUGCACCACGCAAGAGAUACCGCGAGGAGAAUUACGCGAUAGACGCCAACCUUCGGCGCGUGCCCCAGCAUGUGCGUGUGCAGGUGGCAUGUAAAAAUACCACCUGCUUCGUUUCGCUUCGCGGACACGUCCUGGAUGCGCAGGGGCGGUUCAACUCGGUUGAGUUCCCUGGUUUAGCCUUUUUCUACAACCCUGUGGUGGCGUGCGUUGCCUCUGGGACCAUCACGCUGCAUUUUGACAGCAGCAACACUGUCACUGAGCGAAUCCUGCACGAGCAUUGGCGACCCCCGUGCCCCAUUCACGGACCAUUCCGCUGCGCUUGCUACACCAUGCACAAGGUGGCAGAUGAAGUUGCUCAGCUGCUUCGCGAGAUCUUUUGUCAGGACGCACCGUUCGACGUUUCGAUCGACUGCCUCCGACCCUAUCCGCACAUUCGCAUUGACAGCCAGACAAGGACGUGGUCCUUAUCGCUGGUAGGUUUACCGCUUCCCCCCAAGGCAUUUGGGCCAUUUCCGCUUGGCACCAUCACAUCUCCUCAGUCUAUCAAGAACCACUGGUUUCUGUACCGUGAAAAGAGCAGGGUUGUAGACUCCGCCUGCAUAAUGUGCGGGAGUGGGUCGGUGAUGGAAUGCGCCAGGUGUCUGUGUCUUCUGUGUACGGGCUGCGUGGAGCAAUGCGGCGCUUGUGGGCGCUACAUCUGCCGUGGCUGCUCUAGCGCUGGUGAAAGCGGAAUGACCAUCUGCUACAGCUGCCCCCUCUAA